AUGAUUGAACUGCACAUUGGCAUAGCUUGUGGUGCCGUAGCCAAAGAAGGAGAUGAGGAAUGGAUGGAAGCGACCCAAAGCACCGGUUUAAAAACUGAACUGAAGGAGCUUGAACCCGGAAAUACAUAUCGGUUCCGUGUACGAGCUGCUACCGAGACGGCUAUCAGCGGUCCAUCAGAAGAAUCUGAAACUGUUUUCAUCGAUUAUCGUGCAAAAGAAGUGGAAGAAAAGGCGGAAGCAGGAAAAGAAGCGGAAAUUGAUCGUGAGGCGGCACUUGAAAAGCGUGAAGUGCGCGAAGCAAAGGCGCCUGUUUUCCGAAUGCCUCUGGUAGAUCGCGAUUUACCGGAAGGCUCCGAAAUAGUGAUGGUCUGCGCUGUUACUGGCAUACCAAAUCCAACAAUUCAGUGGUUUAAGGAUGAUAAGGUGCUCAGUGAUAAGGAUUACACGAUUAAGUAUGAGAACGGUGUAUGCACUGUAACGAUUAGUGCCCUGAAGCAACGAGAUGCUGGAAUUUACAAAUGUGUCGCCGAAAAUAUCAAUGGUACUGCAAAAACCGAAUGCAAGUUAAUAGUAGAAUGUAAGUUGCAAUCUUUAACAAUAUCAUAUCCGUAA